AUGAGCGACGACUCCCCCGGGGGCGCGCUUCCGCCGAGGCCGAGAGAGCCGGGAGUCCGAUUCGCCGAGGACGAAAGCGAAAUUGACGAAUCGCCCUCUCCUGCGCCCUCUCCGUCGAACCCGCGGCGCCCGUCCGAGUCGACCGUGAUGAACCGCGACGUCGUCGUGAGCGUGGACGAAAGAGUGGCCGCGGUGAAGAACCACGGAAGACCGGGCAAGGUGUACAAAGAUAAGACAUCGCACGUCCCCCGGACGUGGAAGGCGAAGGACAAGCUCAAGAACUGGGGCGGCGACGACGAGGUCGAGGAUUCUUCCGUGCCGAUGAAAGUCGUGCCGUCGUUGAAGGACGACCCCGCGCUGGACGGAUACUCCGAGGAGAUCCCGUCGUUGAACCCCCGCCUGAGCUCACCGUGGGCGAUCGUUCGGAAAGGGUUCGUCCGCGAGUCCAUGAUCGGCGCGUUCUCUGGACUGGGCACGGCGAUUCGGACGAAUUACGGAAAGGUUCUCGCGAAGGCCACGGCUGAGGACGUACUCGAAGAAGAGGAGAAGAAACACUUUCGGGGGUACAUAUCCCCCGACAGCCGCUUCAAGGCGAACUGGGACAUAUGGCAGAUCGUGUUCCUGUCGUACAUCGCGGUCGUAACGCCGUACAGGUCUGCGUUUGGCGACCCAGCGUACGGCUUUGCGUUUUGGAUCGAAUUUAUUCUAGACUUGUACUUCAUCGCCGACCUCUACAUCAACUUCAUGACCGGUUUCUGGCUGGACUUGGAGGGGAAUGCUGUCGUGUUGAUCGACGACCGGAAAGCGAUCGCGAAGCGGUACCUCCGAGGGUGGUUCUGCCUCGACGCCAUCGCGUGUCUGCCCAUCGACUUCGUCACGCGAAUUGUCGACGGCACGAUCGGAUGCUCGUUCGACCCCGCCGGGUGCGGGAGUGAGGAGACGAACCUGAAAGGGAACAUGCUGAAGAUGCUCAAGCUCUUGCGCAUAUUCCGCCUGCUGAAGCUCCUGAAGCUCGUGAGGAUCACCCGUCUGCUCGUGCGGUAUCAAGACUUCUUGAUAUACCACCACCACUUCAUCUCGCUUCUGAAGGUAUACCUCCUCACGUUGCUCAUAUGCCACUGGCUCGGGUGCAUCUACGGCUUGUCGUACAGCUUCGACUCUGUGCAUAAAGGUACGCGUUGGCUCCAAAGCAUGUACUGGGCGGUGCAGUCUAUAACGUCCGUGGGAUACGGCGACAUGACUUCGGACAAUACGUCGUCAUUGUUGAUCGCGAUCCUCACGAUGCUCGUCGGCGUCGUCGUGUGCUCGUGGAUCAUCACCGCGGUGAUCACGGCGCUGAGCCCGGACAGCAGCGCGCGUCGGUUUCAGGACCGGAUGCACUACGUCAUCACGUACCUGAAGAACAACAAGCUUCCGCAGACCGUCUCGAAACGCGUGAUUCAUUAUUACAGGUGGCAGAAUAAGAACCAGUUCGACGAGAAGGCGAUCUUGCACGACCUCCCGGCGCAACUGAGGAAGGAAAUCUUCGACAACAUGUAUAACGGCUGGUUAGACGAUAUCAUCUUAUUCAACGGCGCGACCUCGCAGUUCAUGAACGAGGUGUGCCUGCGGAUCUCGCCGGUAUCGUUCCCGCAGUACCAAGUGGUUUACAGCGAAGGCGAGCUCGGGAGCGAGAUGUACUUCAUAACGCGCGGGAACGCCGCGGUGUCGCUGAAGGACAUGCCACACUUCCUGUCGCAGGAAGAAAUCAUGGAUGCGCUUGACUCGUGCGUGGAAAUCGGCCGGGGGUCGUUCUUCGGCGAGGCCGCGGCGUUAGGGUACGGCACGCGGUUGGAGACGAUCAUAACCACGUCCUCGUGCACGUUGUUACGGCUCUCGGAGUACGACAUCUUAGAGCUGGAGGACAUGAACCCCGGCUUCCGAGCCGAGCUCAUGCUGAUCGCGUUCGAACGCAUGCGUAGGAACCGCCUCGCGCGAGAAAAGGUGGAGGAUUGCAUGCGUGAAUUAGCCAUCAAUCCCGCGGACGUCGUCGCCGGCGUGGAGAAGUGCGACGCCGGGGGUGCCCACCUCCUCGGGCGGACGACGAGGGUCACGUACGUGCAGAAAUGGCGGCAGGUCGUGAAGGAUCACGAGAAGGCGAAGCGCGCGAUGCGCGCGCGCGUGAAAUUAGGGGCUACCACGGCUGCAUCUCCGGGGAGAACCCGAAAUGAAGGGUGGGAGGGGUCGGGGGCGAGGUCUGGGCACAACCCCGACGCAGUCGACGUCAGAGGGCUCGCGGACCGAAUCAGCGCGUUGGAGCACAAAAUCGACCGACUCAUCGCGUACGAGCACUCGAAGUCGAAUUAGAUACGUUAUAAAGGUACUGAAAGACAGUCAU